AACCCAGUCAGUCGGAUGCUGCGGCCCGUUGCUGUAGCCGCCGCCGUCGCUCUUGAUAUUUUGGGAUCUUUAUGGUUUUUCAAAGACGUACAAAAACGAGAAAACGGGAAAACCAUCAGUCAUAAUUUUUCGGUUCCGAGAAUCAUUCUACGUGCCAGAAUUAAUCAGUGCCAUACGCAAAUAGUUAAAGCCAUUAAUUCUUCCACUCUUCCUGAGCCGGGUAUUUCCUUCUCAGGACACCUGACUGCCUGCCAGUUAAACGCCUUCGCAGGAUGCCAGAUUGUAAGAGGAGUGGUACUGGCCUAAGUCGAAAUUGAUGAGCCCCCACAAGGGGCGUUAUGAAAAUAUUAUUUGAGAGCGAGAGCAUCGAUUGAAAAUACAUAAGCAGGGAUCUGAGAUUCCCGAAGAAAUUCGAUAUUAAUAGAGCGCACACACUAGAGGACGCUAAAGAAAACAGCACACCGUACACCAUACAACAUACACCUCACCAAGCUGACACACACCCAUGGCAGUGAAAAUGCUGCCCAGCAACAGUUCCGGUCUCCUGGCAACCGAUCUGCAACUGUUUCACAAUGAGAAAUUCCUUUUGAAUCUGACCCAAGUGCUGAACAUCUCGGCGGACAAUUUAACCAGCCUGCUGCAGGGUCUCGAACCCGAGGAGCUGCUGCCCACGGCGACCCCGAUGACCCCGCUCUCCCUGCUGGCCACCCUCAGCGUGGGCUAUGCCCUCAUCUUUAUAGCGGGGGUGCUGGGCAACCUCAUCACCUGCAUCGUCAUAUCGCGGAACAACUUCAUGCACACGGCCACCAAUUUCUACCUGUUUAACCUGGCCAUAUCCGACAUGAUCUUGCUUUGCUCCGGAAUGCCCCAGGACCUGUAUAACCUUUGGCACCCGGACAAUUAUCCCUUCAGCGACAGCAUCUGCAUAUUGGAAAGCGUUCUGUCGGAAACAGCGGCCAAUGCGACCGUGCUGACCAUUACCGCCUUCACCGUUGAGCGAUACAUUGCCAUUUGUCAUCCGUUCAGGCAGCACACGAUGUCCAAGUUGUCACGGGCCGUGAAGUUCAUAUUUGCCAUCUGGAUAGCCGCCCUUUUGCUGGCCCUUCCCCAAGCCAUCCAAUUCUCGGUGGUGAUGCAGGGCAUGGGAUCCUCCUGCACGAUGAAAAACGACUUCUUUGCCCAUGUGUUUGCUGUGUCGGGCUUCCUGUUCUUCGGCGGACCCAUGACGGCCAUCUGCGUGCUGUACGUCCUCAUCGGGGUGAAGCUAAAGAGGAGCAGGCUCCUGCAGGCGCUUCCCAGGCGAUGUUACGAUGUGAACCGGGGGAUAAGCGCCCAGACCCGAGUCAUCCGGAUGCUGGUGGCAGUGGCCGUGGCAUUCUUCAUCUGCUGGGCCCCCUUCCACGCCCAACGCCUGAUGGCCGUCUAUGGCUCCACCUCGGGCAUCGAGUCCCAGUGGUUCAACGACGUGUUCAGCAUCCUCGACUAUACGUCCGGCGUCCUCUACUUCCUCUCCACCUGCAUCAACCCGCUGCUCUACAACAUCAUGAGCCACAAGUUUCGAGAGGCUUUUAAGGUAACCUUGGCUAGGCAAUUUGGACUGGGUGGCAAAAACCAAGGAAGAGGGCUGCCCCACACUUACAGCGCUUUGAGGCGUAAUCAGACGGGUUCCUUGCGACUUCACACAACGGACAGCGUUAGGACCACCAUGACCUCCACGACGACGACCACAACGGGGCUGAAUGGCUGUGGCAAUGGCAGUGGGGCGGCAACAGGUCCGGCGGUGCGGCUGAACCGCGAGUCCUUGGACAGCAGCCAGCUGCAGGGUCAGAAUCGCAGUCGGCAGGACCUCUUCGAUAACCCACGCCGUACUCUCCAGACGCAAAUAUCCCAGCUGUCAUCGGUGGGCGAUGCCCACUCACUGCUCGAGGAGGAUUUGCAGUUUCCAGGGGAGCCACUGCAGCGACAGCCCACCAUGUGCUCCAUUGAUGAGCUCACAGAUGACUUGGCCAUCUCCCGGUCACGCCUCAAACUGACGCGCAUCACCCGCCCACUGGCCCCAGUGGGGGCGGGGGGCGUGGCAGGGGGCGUGGGUGGUGACGAGUCGAGUGGCAAAGUGCGCAAGGCGAAAGUGAAAGCGCUCAAGAGCUCAAGCGCUCUCAAGGGUCUCAGGGCCAAAUUCAAUUGGCGUGCCAGACGCAAAGGCAGCCACAAACCGCAGGUUAAGGAGGCCACGGGGGCAGUUGACGAUGCCGGGGAGCGGGGAUCGGCUUUUUAAAGGGGUCCCAGCUUACCCCAUUCCCUACCCCCCUUUCUUUGGAGGAGAAAGCCAUCUCCGGAGUCCAUUCCAGUGCCACCCACAGACAUUACACACACACAACUGUGAUAUGAGCAGCAAGCGCCUCUCCAGCUUGUUUGUGUUUACUUUAGACAAAUAUAUUCCACGCUGGGGUCAAUUAAACUAUAUAGUUGUCCUGGCCACUAAUAGUAUAGCCCAAAGCUAUAGUUUGAAUUCUAGUUAUAGUAUCGUACUUGUAAUCGAAUCGCGUUGAACCGCAAUAAACUAUGUAGUUCAUUCUCUGUUCAAAAGG